AUGAUAAAUGAUCUAAUGUGUGAAUAUCCUGAGCAGGCAAUAACGACCAAAGACAUUGGUAGUUUUAACCUAGCCCUCUUAUGGGCAUCCAUUGGAAAUACAACACCAGCUAUAUACUGGACACUGUUCUAUUUACUGCGUGGAUCGAGGACGAUCAUGGAUCUAAUUAAGCAAGAAAUUGAUCAACAUCUGUCUCCAUUGACUGAAUAUGACCAUCUUCGGGAAGACAAUAAAGAUCAUCAGUUGGAUCAGUUAGACAAAUGCAUUUAUUUGGACAGUGCAGUUAAUGAAACAUUACGUUUAGUAGCGACAGCAAUGAUAAUAAGAAGGUGUUCGAAUGAUACAAAAAUUAUAUUAAGUGACAAGCAAACAUUGGAAAUACCGAGAAACGAAACAGUUGUACUAUUUCCUUGUGCGUCCCAUUACGAUCCGCAAGUAUUCAAAGAUCCGUUCGAUUAUAAAUAUGAUCGAUUCUUAGCGUCUAAUUUGACUACGGAACAAAAACGUUCGUUUCUUCCAUUUGGUGGAGGUCGAUUUGUGUGUCCUGGAAGAUAUAUGGCCAAGAAUACCAUUAAAAUUUCGAUUGCGUUUGUCUUACAGCAUCUUGAUAUUGAUUUCUUGAAUGACAAGCAUCAAGUAUUAGCUACACAAAAAAUACCCGAUUUUCAAAUCAGUCGGAUUGGAUACGGAAUUGCACCACCACGAAAGGAACAUAAAAUUCGUUACCGUUUCAAGUCCUAA